UCUCCUUUUACACAUCGUUUCCCAUUCACCACAUUCACCAAACGCUAUGCACACAGAGAGUUAGGGGAGAAAUUCAGUGAGCAGAAAAAUGGCGACUCUUCAAGUCCCUGCCAAUGUUCCUUCUCCAGCUGAGGACGCCGACCAGCUUCACAAGGCUUUUCAAGGAUGGGGCACGAACGAGGGAUUGAUUAUAUCCAUAUUAGCACAUAGGAAUGCAGCACAACGCAACUUAAUACGACAAACUUAUGCUGAAACAUAUGGUGAAGAUCUUCUGAAAGCACUUGAUAAAGAGCUUUCAAGUGACUUUGAGCGAGCUGUACUGUUAUGGACAUUGGAUCCACCAGAACGUGAUGCUUAUUUGGCUAAUGAAUCCACAAAGAGGUUUACUUCAAGCAAUUGGGUUCUUUUGGAGAUAGCUUGCACCAGGUCCUCUCUUGAGUUAUUCAAGGUCAAGCAGGCAUACCAUGCUCGCUAUAAGAGGUCACUUGAGGAAGAUGUUGCAUAUCACACAAAAGGAGAUUUUCGCAAGCUUUUGGUUCCUCUUGUGAGCACAUUCCGAUAUGAGGGAGAGGAGGUGAAUAUGACACUGGCUAAAAAUGAGGCCAAGACACUUCAUGAGAAAAUCUCAGACAAGGCUUACAAUGAUGAGGAGGUCAUUAGGAUAAUCAGUACAAGGAGCAAGGCACAGCUCAAUGCAACGCUUAACCACUACAACAAUGGGUAUGGGAAUGCUAUCAACAAGGAUCUGAAGAGUGAUCCAAAGGAUGAGUACCUUCAACUACUGAGGGCAGCAAUCAAGUGCUUGACUUGUCCGGAGAAGUACUUCGAGAAGCUUUUGCGUCUGGCCAUCAACAAGAUGGGGACUGACGAAUGGGCUCUGACCCGGGUUAUCACUACUCGAGCAGAGAUUGACAUGCAGCGCAUCAAAGAGGAAUACCAGCGGAGAAACAGCGUGCCUCUGGAUCGUGCAAUUGCUAAAGACACUACCGGGAACUAUGAGAAAAUGCUCCUUGCCCUGAUCGGGCAUGGAGAUGCUUGAGCAUUUGGCUAUGGAGAUGGUUUAUUAUCUGGCUGUCUACAAGCCAUCUUUAUUUGACUAGCUAUGUGUUUUUCUUUUUUUUUUUUUUUGGGGUUCUGUCCUUCGUUUAAUAAAAUAUGGUAUGAUGAUGGCUCGACCGGAUGUAGACAGUAAAGUUUUAUUUAUAAAAAA